AUGAAACGGGGCGUCCCAAGCGGGAGGCCUUCGCCUCGGGAAAAGUCCGGGCUCGCUCAGGGCACGCUCAUUUGCGAAGUGACUUCCCUUCUGCGGCCCGAGCCCCCGGCGCCCGCUGUAAGCGCGGCGGCCUAUCAGGAGCCAUUGUCCGCGCAAAGCUUUCCUUCCGGUCAUUGUGCUGAUUUCCCCCAAGAGCAGACCCCGGGGGCAGGAGCGCCGGCCGUGCCCGGGACAAAGCCCACUCGGGGCUCCACCUGGGCGCGGGCAGGGGCGGGAGGGGCGGCGCUCGCGGGCCCGCCCGCCGGCCGCAGUUACCAGGCAGCGCGGCGCCGCCCCCGCCGCCCGCCGGCCAAUCCGGCGCGUCUGCUGCCCGGGCGCACGAGCCCCGGAGACACCCGGCCGAGCGCGACCCCACGGCUCGGGCCUGGCACCGCGCGCGCACCCGCACCGCCGCGCCGGCCAAUCAGCGGCCGGGCAUGCGCAGCCCGCGGGCUCGCUCGCGCGCGGGGCUCACGCGUGAGGCCCCCCCACGCCGGCGCGCGCGCCCCUCCCCCACGCGCGUGCAACUGCCGUCCCCCGCGACCGCGUCUGCCCCUGCCCCACCCCCAACGACCGCGGGCCCGGAGCUGGGGGCCCCUACAUGGCCGCCCCGACCCCUGUCCCUGCAGGCCCCGAAGGGGGCGAGUCCCAAAUAAAGGCCCUGUUCGCGAUGGCAACCGGGCGGGGGCGGGGGAUGAGGCGACAGGGACUCACCCGAGUGCAGCCGCCUCCAGGCAGCGCCGGGCCGGGGGAGGCGAAGGGAAGCGAGUGUGGGCCGCGCGCGAGCCGCGGCCGCGGCGGAGCAGCCUCGGGCUGAGGCGAGCUGACGAGCGCGCUGGAGGCGCGCUGCGCGUGCGCACCAGCAGCGCCGCCCAGCGGGAAUUGUAGUUUCUGAUUCGUCCCCAACAACGCGACGGCGGGGGCAGUUGACUACGACUCCCAGAAAGCCUCGCGCCGGCGAGCCCGGAGCCCGAGGACGCGGCGAGAGCGGCGCCCGGCCCUCUCCGGCAAGGACUGUCAAUGGAGGCGCGGGUGGUGGGAGCAAGAACAUGGCUGCACCUGGGGCCUGCGCGGCUGCCCGGGUGGGGGAGGGGAGCCGGGGCGCAGGGGCGCAGAUCCAGGCCGGGGGCGGCUCCAGCCUGCUCCCCGCCGCGCUGCCGCCGGCCUCUGCCGCCGUGCGACGCUCGCGCUGACUCUGGCCCCCGAGAUUCCCUGCAGAUUGCGAGGCCGGAGCGCGGCCAAGGCCGGGGAGCCCCGGGCCGGCCUGCUGCCCUGGGUGCUCCGCCAAGGGACGUCCCCGCCCUGCACCCCCACCCCCGGGACACAAAGAACUGUCCGUUUUGAAAGCUUGCCUCCAAAGCGGCCCCAGGAGACUGCUGCCCCAACUUUGGAGGGCGAGGCGAGGGGACUCUCCUGUUUUGAUCCCCCCGACCCCGGCUUUGCUCACACUCCGUCUCAUACUCAACGUUUAGAAGGAAAGUUGAGGAAAAGCCGUGGAGUGGGAGCAGGAAAGCUGAUUUGUCGCCCGUUUUGUUCUGUCAACCGCGGAGCAGUUUUGCUCAAACCCCUCCCCCCGAUCAUUUUUUUGCCUCUCAACUUUGAUUAGCUCGUGAAUUUCCAAAAUAGCGAGACGUUGCUGUUCGCCGAAGUUAAACUCCAAAGUUUAAAAACUCGAGCCCGGAGAUUUUAGGUGUUUCUGUAAAGCACGAAGUCGAGCGACUCGGUGACCUUUCUGCCCGCCGGCUUUGCGGGCCCCGCCGCAGUUCUCCCCCAGCCCCCUCCUCGGUAGGUGGCGACCACGGCGCUUUUUCCAGCCCGCGGGCCUUUGUCGCUCGAAAUAAAACUUUCCGAGCAGCCAGUCUUUUGAUGUCGGUCCAAAAGCCUUCCUUUGAAUUUGGGUUCACGGAUUGGCGUUCCCCGUCUUCUUUCUUCCCUAGACCGCACCCAUAAAGCCUCGUCUCGAAUUUCCAUCUUGGAUCUCUUUAAAAGAGACGGAAAAUUUAAAGAUCCGUGCGAGGCGGUCUGAUGACAGAAAACUGCUACGUUUUUGUGAUUUCCCCUACAAUCUUUAACAGUCAUUUUAGCCCCACCUAAUUCGAUCGUUGACUCUCCCUUGUCAAGUCUCUCCACAGUAUUAAUUUUCAGAAGAACAGUUUUCUUUUUGCACUCAUAUUUCAUUAACAUUUUGGAAUAUUUAAUUGAAUUCCGUAUUCCCAAUAGCAAGUACAACUGACAUAUAUUUAGGAGCAGUCAUAACUCUUGAGAAGCCUACAGCUUAGCUAGUAAGAGCCGCCAGCCAGCCAGCUGCAAACAUUCAGCUGCUGUGGGCAUGGAAUCACACUCAACAUCACAACAUGUGUGUACCAAGACUGAGACGGCAGGAAGAGCAGAUCGCGGCUCGGCUCACGCUCACUUAAGAUGGCAGCGCACGGAGGCCAAGCUGGCAGAAUGUUGCACGUUAUUCAUUUCAAAUUGUUUCAAAUAGUUCUGUCUUUGCUUAAUGUUUAACCUAGUAUGUGCAACCCUGCAGAUGAGUGCCCAUAUAACGUGACACCUCCGUUCUACUGUAUACUGGGGGAGACAAAGCCAAGUCAAGCACGCCUCGGCCAGGCUGGAGAUGGAUCUAGACCAAGUGUGAGCCCAUCAGCCAACUCAAAUGCGUCUUCACGCAGACUCGGAGCUUACAUCGUUGUGGACUGCUUUGAAACGGCAAGAGACGUGGCGAUGUUUGAAUGUCUUCACCAGUCUGGAAGAAUGAUCACCUUCUCCUUGGGUUGUUGCUACUUGGUAUCUGGAGUCUGCCUUCUCCAUUAUCAUGGGACCCACCCUGGAUAGGAAACCCUGACCACCCCUGCAGACAGAACCAUGCUUGGUCAAGGUCACUCUUGUUGCAAUCAUUUAAGAUGAUCUUUUUUUUAAGAUGCUCUUUAAAACAUUUAAUCUUGUUAUGACUCUCAUAUAUUUUAGAUUGCCCAAAACCAUAGUUCUAGCGAAAGUUGAGAUACUCUUGACGCAUCCAUUUUUUGCAACACAUCCAGUCUUUUAAUGAAUACUGAUCAGGUCUUUUUUCCCAUAAUGCUGCUUGAUGCAGGCCCAAUAUCUUCCAGGUCCAAUUUCUUGAUUUUUCUCUACAGUGGACCUAGUACAGUAUAUUUCAAGUAUGGGAUGUAAAUAUAUGUCAUUGGUCAGAGAGCAGUGUGAUCUUUUAGGGGAGUGUUCCUGGUCAGGAUGUGCACAGAUCACGUGGAUGGGGCCACAGUGACAUCUUUAGCUGUCGGAAGAGUGUCUGCAGUCUAGCAGAUAACUCCUUUGUUAUGACAAGGGCGCUUUUUAAACCAAUUAUAAAACACUAUUUUGAGCAGUUUUUUGUUCGUAUAAUUUGAGUAUUUAGAAUCCUGGAUGAAUGACCUUUUAUAGAACUCUUCCAAAGAUGAGGGGGAAAAAAACCUCUUCCAAGUUAUAAUUUAUUCAUAAUAAUUAAUAAUGUACAUGUGAUCUAAAUAGACCUUCCAGUUCUUGCUCUGCCUUUUGUGCAACCAUCUGCCCUAUGCAAUGAGCCUAAUAUUCAUACAACAUCAGUUGAAAUAAACAGUUUUAUUUGUUGGCUUAACAGGA